CACUUGUGCGCGCCGAUUGCUUCUACGGCUUACCGCCAGCUGUUCAACACAUUUUCUUCAUUUUUGUUUCGCGUUGUUUCUAGUUCUGCAGGCCAGCAGCAGCCUCUCGUUCCCUAUAAUGAAUUACCGUAGCGGCAUAAAUUUAUCGUUUUGAUUUGACCGCAGUGCUACCUCGGCAACUUGUGAAAGUGACAGUUUUUGUUUGAGAUUGGGCCAACAGCGGCGAUUUGACCGUACGGAGUUAGUACGAUUUUGCGAGCCGAGAUAAGAAAGUGAUUGUGUGUUGGCGCGAAAUCAAGUGCAACCCGGGAUUAAAGUGUAAACUUUGGAACCUGACUCGCAAAACGAAAUAACACUAUGAAGGAUAACGUACAACUUUCCCAAAGCCACGGCUAUCAGUCUUCACUUUCUUUUGCAAAAGCGAUGGUGACCUUGAUCCGUUAACCCCGAAGAUGUUAUAACUAUUUAAAGAGACAACAAAAUGAAGUGUGUAACGUUACUGACCGUUUUUAUAUCCGCGAGUGUCGCGAUUCAAGUGCCGCCUUCGUGGAAAGAAAUCGACACAGACGAUAAACUGAAAGAAGUGCCACAAGACAAUAACGCGCGUAGUGAUAAUGCUCAGCAGAAACGUUGGACUCCGAUCGUCGGUUCGCUUGGGAGUCAAGUAGCGAAUCCCAAUCAACUUGUACUCGACGGUAAUGGCAUGUACAUAUUUCCUCCCGGAAACGACAAGGUUAAUUUUAAUCCAGACAUAUCGGCUGAUAAUAAACCAUUCAACUAUCAACCUGUACCACCCCAGCAACCAAAAGCGGCUGAAGAGAUUUUCGCCACUUACUCACCGAUAAGACACCGUAACAUUUAUUUGGAGCGUUCACAACCGGUUCCUCAUCCCGCGAGAUCAACUCACCAGGAUAAAUUGCAACAACCUCCAUUUCUCCAAAAUUUUUUACCAGUUUUUUAUCCGGAGAACAUCGAAAAUAAACCGAUAGGUAUCACGCAGACGCCUCCCGUGUUUGUUACAGAAAGUUACAGAAACGUCCUGGUGCAAAGCCCAACUGAAACGAGCUUUCCACAGGAAAACCAUCCCACAAUUAAGCCGUCAGUUUUCGUUAGACCCAAAGACAGUAGAGCCAAAAGCACAGAGUCUAGAAGAAAAUCCCGCCCCUCGAGUCAUUCUGUUCGUCCUGAAAGGCGGUACACCAAAGUUCAACAGCCGAUUUCAUUUCCACCCAAAGAAACUCGACGCGACAGGGCCAGAAAAAUCGUUCCUCGAACAGAAGUUAAGGAAAACGAAAGUCUAUCUUUUAGGAACCAUUUGAAAAAAAAAUACAGAGAUGAUAAACUACACGAACCUGAAAACAACAAAGACAUAGAACGAGAUGACAAUGAAUGGGAAAGAAAAGGGGAUGAUCAUAGAAUAAAGAAAAUAAGGGACAGAGGGAGCCCCGAAUCAGUCGAAUCAAACGAAUCCGCGCCAUCAAUCGAAUCUAGAGAAUCUCCCGAAUCUUUCGAAUCUAAAGAAUCAGACGAAUCAAAGCGAUCAAUCGAAUCUAAGGAAUCAAACAAAUCUAUUUAUUCCGGCGAAUCUAAGGAAUCUGCCGAAUCAAAUGAAUCUAAAGAAAUAGAAGAUUACGACGAAUCGAACGAGUCGAUAGAGUCCCAAGAAGAUGAUGAUUCAUCCGAAGAAGAACGUAUCAGAAGGAGUAAAGAGGAGGAGGCAAAUGAUAUUCCCAGCAAGCCAAUUUAUCCGGGUGAAGGGAAGUGGGCAAUACCAGGGUUGAAACAUAGACCACAUAUUACUCAACAUAAAUUUCACCGACCGAGUGAGGAUAUUGAAGAAAAGAAACCGGAUGGCUCCGAUGUUUUUGAAGAUUUAGAAAAGUACUUUGAAAGUCAGAAAAUAAACUUUGGACACGAACUGCGGCAAUUUAGUCCUGACGACCGACCGAAAGUCCAAAGCGAAAUUCCAGCUUCUGCGGCGGAUUUCUUAGCUCUGCCUCUCACAAGCGACAUCAAGCCGGUCCAUUCUCCCAACCCUAUAGUAAUUUACAACCCAUUUAAUGAAUUUCCAACUUUAAGACUAGGACCACCAGAACAUUCCACGCAAACCGUCAUUCAUCCCCAGGAAAUUAUUAAAGAAAAACCGACAACAAUAAGUUCGAAAACCAAAGAGGCUCACUCAAAGGAUCAACAAGAAGAAGAUGAGGAAGAUGACGAAGAUGACGAAGACGAAUUUGUUCCCACGCAACUAUAUACACAAGUAAGAAAAUCGGAGAAUGAGGAACAUCUGCCAUCAGACCCGCUUGAAAGUGGGAGGUUAAAAGAGGUGAUAAAAGAUUCCAAGGUCCAAACAGUAUACAGCGAAGAAGGUUACGAGGAUCUGGCGUACGACCACGAGGGUCACGAGAAAGAAGCGGAACAAGACGAGGGCUACUCCGAGUUUGAGAAAGAAAAACAAGCUAAAGGUCAGUUAAAACGGCAGACUCCCUCCAACACCAAAGAGCAAGAUUCUAAGACAACUAAAGAGGUAGUCGACGCCCUGCCUGCAGAUUCGAUUUAUCCUAGUGCACCAAAAGCUACCGCGGACAGCCAGAAAGACGCAACAGUAUCCAGUAAAGUAAAAAAUAACAAUUUCGUAACUACUCAAGAGCUAAAAACUACCGCUGUUAAAGACAAUGCCGACGGCAAUAUCGAAGUUCAAAUCGACAGUGAGGUUCAGGUAAUCCUGCAACCCAAUAAUUCCAGCAAAUCUCAUAAAUUCGUCAAGAUUUAUCCAAAGAUUAUUAAGGAAAUCGAGAAAGAAAAACUAGGCGGCGAAUCGAAAGAUAUUGUUACAAACAAAGGUACCUCAGAUGAAAUUAAAAAUCGCGACAGUAAUAUUACACUAGAUAACAAACACGAAACAUGGGAUCAAGAACUUCUGCAGACAAAUGGAACUGAAAAACCCAUUGCAACUGUCACAGAAAACGUAGAAGCUGAAAGCCUCGAAAAGAUUGACGUCCAAUUCGAAAAAGGCGUCCUCUCUACCUCAGAUAGAAAAAAGCGGUCGGCUGAAUUCGCAAUCGAUUUAAGCUUUAUCGAUAAAAUUAACCACACCGUACCCACAAAACCUCCAAAAAAUUCUUAUAAUACUCAAAAGUAUCCUUACUAUAGCGAUCCUGCUGUAAAUAAGGAUUCGCCGCUAAGAUACGCCGAGGACAUGGGCAACAUUCCCGUCAAAAUCGAAGGAAGAUUAUCGUUUUAUGAAAAUGCGGAAAGGAUGAAAUGCCCAGAAGUAGAAAACAUCGAUCCAGUUCCGGAUCGAGUUAAAAACGCUGGCAAAGACGAACCCAGUGAAGAAGAUGAGGACUCGGACGAAGGAGAUGAAGAAUCUAGCGAAGAAUAUCCGGCUUCACCAAGAGCUCCUAGGAUUAAAUUAGGAAAUAAAAUAGACUGCCUUAAAAACCGAUACUUUGGGGAGAAUCCAUUGGACAGUCCAUUUUUUAAGGAAGAGCUUGUAGGUCCAGUUAAGCCGAUAUUUAAGGACCUUGAUCGGUCUGCGUCUAUAGAGACUCAAGACAGUGCGUCAAAGGAAUCAGCUAUGGUCGAAAAUUUUAACGAGAUUUUUAAAAACGGCAAAAAAGAUGGGGAAAGAAUACAUUCCACUAGGACAAAAGAUAAGGAAUAUACUUUACUGAAGAAGCAGGCCGAUCAUAUAAGAACUUCUACUCAAGAAGUGAUAACAUCCACUUCUACGUCGUAUCCAGCAACUAACACUCCCAAGCAAAAUAUCGUAGUCCCUACUCCACUGCCUAUUAUUUCACUAAUGACAACACCCAAAUAUAUGAUAACACUAACGCCAAAAAAUAUUUACGAUCAAAUUACGUUGCUGGAGUAUUUACCUAAGCCACUCGUUGAAAAUGCGAAAAAUACUGACGCCUCAGCUGGAAAAUCGCAGGAUGCAGGGGAUACCGAUGGAGCAAAUAGGCAGUCCAAGCAUUUGGAAGACCAAGACGAAGAAUCUUUUGAAUCUGACUCCCAAGUUAGAUUUAAACUGCGUCGUCCUUACUUUCCAGUUUUUGACGUCAACAAAUUCAUUCCACAACAAAACAAGAUUAAUAAGGAAGUUCAAGAGGAAACGAUAAAAUCAGGCAUGGUAGAGCCUACAAAACAAGAUGACAAAACACUAAAAGAACUUAGCGAAGCAAGCACCUUAAAACCAGAACCUUUAAGACGUAGAAGAAUUCAGCUUAAGCGACCGUAUUUUCCAAUUUUCGACAUAAACAAAUUUAUCACCACAACUCCUUACUACAUAAUAAAUCCCCAAGCAAGUACGGUUUUGCCCAAAGAAAAGGUAGUUAGCGAGGUGUUUUAUAAAGAAGAAAUCAAGCCCAGUGAACAGAUGGCAGUUUUCGCAGACGUUUUAAACAAUAUCAAAAGUUCUAAACAAAACAGUGUGUCUACCAAACUGGAAAAAAUUCCACUGCAAGCUGCUUCCGAUUACGCAGAGCCUUCUGGCGUCACCAUAAGUUCAGUCGAAGCAACGCCAGCUCUAAAAGUUAACAGACCGAGAGUCAAGAAGUAUCAGGAUGCAAAUACGCGCAACGCUGUUCUCACCGAACGACCAUUCAGGCCCAGCCUCCCCGAUUCAAUCAGAAAGGAACACGAAUCCACUGAAAAGUCCAGUAACUCAAAGACCCUUAACGUCAGAACCAAAGUAAAACGUCGAAGACGGCCAACGGUAACCACAACCGAAAGGUCAACGACCGUAUCGACAACAGUCAAACCUCCCGCGAUAGAUUUCAUUGAAGAGACGGAAACCAUUUUAGGACUGGUUCCACCAGAACAGUCAAAUUACAAUACAAUUGUAAUAGAAACUCCGAAAAAAAUCGGCGUGACACGUUCACCGCCAUCCAAAAAUCGAAAGCGUUUUGAACAUAAGAUCACUAAAGUUCCAGCUACUACGGAGGCCGACCCAAGUCCAGCCCCAGUGGUUGAAGAACUCGAAGAACCAGUUGUGUCCCGAUUUAAUAAGUAUAUUUAUUUGGGAUUAAGGCCUCCUCCUCCCCAAAAGUAUCGAGGAUAUUCCGACUACCUUUCGCAGGAAAAUUUAGUGAAAAGAAGAGUUCGUUCGGUUAGAUAUAAAAGGGAAGCAAACAGACCGGCAUAUUCGGAACUUUCUAGAAACAGAGGCAGGCAAGAAGAGAUUCUAGAAAAAACAGUUGUUGACGAUAUCGACGACUAUGUACCUCACCGACCAAGAAACUACUAUUACGACGAAAAAACUGGAAAAAUUGUUUAUCUCAAUAAACCGUAUGAAAAAGAAGAAUUGGAAGAGGGUGAUGUGGAGGUGGAAUAUAUAGAGGAGGAACCAGCCACUCAUCCGACUCCUAAGAAACCUGCGAAGGCAACUACGAAGCCCUUACUGGCUACCGCUACACCUCCGCCUGCCGGAAAAAGCUUCGUCGAUUUUAUCCAUAAACUUAGAAGCGAUCCAAGCUAUAAACUAAUACCGGAUCCUACGACCACGGAAAAAGGCAGCGCAGCUUCUAGCACCGAACCCACUACAUCCGCUACUACUAUUUCCACAAAUCCCCCUGAAUUUUUAAAUAUUCUAGCCAAAGUCAGAAGUGACACUAGUUACAAAUUUAUCGAAGAUCCGAAGGAUUCUAAAAAGAAGCAAACCACUAUGACAACGGAAUCUGCAAUAGAAGAAGUUGUUGAAGAGCAAAGUGAAGAAUCUCGACUAGAAAGCGUGCAAAAUUCACCAGGAGGCCAAAAUAUUGAGCUCUCCAAUAUCCAGAUUUUCGACAUUUCGGAUUAUCUACCAAAAGUUAAAAACUAUGCUCCUAAAACAGCGAUUGACUAUUCGAAAUACAAAACCAUUGAACGACAAAAAAUCAAUCAUAAGCAUGAAGAGGAAACACCUCAAGUACCUUCCCAAGACGCGGUUGUUUCUGAUGAACAAGAGAGUAAUAAUUUGGACAACCUAGCUACUACUCCCGUACCCACCACCACCAGCUCAAUAGCGGAUAGUGAACAUUAUGAAACCUCAACUCCUUCGUCGACACCAACAGUACAAUCUAAAAGAGGAAAAAGACCCACGACUACUGUCGUGGAAACAACCGAAGCUGAAACUACGAGAACGCCAAUGCGCAGAAGACAAAGACCUCAAACAUCGAGAGGGACUCGUCCUCCCCCAGAGACUAGUAGAACAACAGAACAAGUCGAGAGAGUGUAUCCAGUAAAUGAUCCUCCAAAAAGGGUAUAUAGGAGAAGGCCUCAAAGAAUACGACUCCAAUCCGAAUCCUUCGAAGAAGAGUUAGAAGGAGAUGCAAGCGCUAGAAGUCUGAGAAGACGAUCUGAAUUAGGUUCCGAGGUCGCCAAGCCAUCAAAUCUGGAAGACACAUUGGAUGAACCAGUUCUGCGCUUUAACAACCAUGGAGAAAAAAUUGUGGAUAGGGAUGACAGAAGCAUAGACGAAGAAAAUGGUAAUAAAGACAACCAAGAAGUUACUUCCCAAAUCAAAAGCGACGUUGUAAUUAUGAAAACGUACGACAAAACUAGAAAGCACGGGGGAAACUAUAGAAAGGCAAAAGACGAUGAAAAUUUUGAAUUUGGCAAUUUAGAAACUAGGAAGAAUGAUGAAAUCAAUAAAGUAGCAGCAGCGGGCUCUGAAAAAAAUAAAGUCUUACAAGUUGAAGUAAUAAAGAAAUACGAUGAAAAUAAGAAACAUGGCGGAAAUUAUAAAGCAGAAGAUGAAGACGACGAUUUUGAAGAAAGAUCCUACAGGCAAACUGAAGAACUAAAUAAAAGGAACUCGUUAGAUAGUCAAACUGAAGCAUCAAUUUCUGGAAACUCUGCCAAUGCCGAUCGGGAUUUCUCUAGAAAACGCGGAGGUAACUACAAGCAAAUACGAAAAUUACCCAUACAACAAAGUGGCGAUUACAAAAAUGAAGAUAGUGGUCAACCCCUCGAUAACGUGAAGAAUCAGAAUGAAAACAGGCAUAGACUUAAGACCGCUAGAAUUGUGGUGCCAAAAAAGUCCCAAGUCGAUGUUUUCAAAAAAUACGACAAAAAGAAAAAGCAUGGGGGAAAUCUAAAGUCUGAAGAAGAUGUUGAACUGGAAGAAAUUUCAGACCUCGGAGAAGCGCCAACGCACGAGAUUCAAAAGUCGCAAUUCAGCAAUAAUGGGAACGAAUACUCCACAACACCAAGAGCCCUAAAUACACGAAGAACAAGAUUAAGAACCACACAAAGCAGUACAAGAAGAACGGGAAUUCAGAGAUUAGCAGACGUCGUUCCAAAACCUGAGCACUUUUACAACGAUCCUCAGUUGCCGGAACAAAUAAAUCAAAUGAAAGAUGAGAAAAUACUUAAAAUGAUUAACUCCGACGAGAUAGAAGAGAUAACUGAAGGAGAUGAGAUCGAAAAGGCGGACGAGAUAUCGGAGAGAAUGGAUAAUGUAGGAGAUAACGAUGAGAGUACUAGCGCAAAGCCGCUUUUUAUAAAAGAUCCCAGCAAAAGAUUGUAUUUCUACGCACCUGUGUAAUAAAUUUUAUUUUAUUUGGUUUGUAAAUAUUGUUUUAUAAUAAAAUCAUUGACUGUUCCGACUUUAUUUUCGAUAAAUUGU